GGGCGGGGCGAGGAACUACAACUCCCAGCAUCCCUCGCGGGGUGGUCGUCACUUCUGGCUGCGCUGAGAUGGCGCCGGCGAACGAACGUGUAGCACCGGCUGGGUUCGCAGCGCUGGCCGUGAAGUUCGGGGAGCGGCAGCGGUCGCCCCACUGGCUGUUGGUGAAGGAGCACCAGGUGCGCGAAGGAGCCGACACCGCGCACCCGCCGCGCCGAACGCUCUUCGUCCUCAACGUCCCCCCCUACUGCGGCGCCGACUCCCUGUCUAGGCUGUUUGCCCGCUGUGGGCAUGUCCAGUCUGUGGAAGUAUGUGAGAAGCCGACACCAGGAGAGAAGAAAGAAAAGCACACAUCCAAAUUCUUUAAUCGGAAGAGUGCAACGGGAUUUCAAGUAGCAUACGUGGUGUUCCGGAAACCAGCCGGUGUGCAGGCAGCCAAAGCCCUGUCACAGGAAGGUCCCUUGCUGAUAUCAACAGAGAGUCACCCUGUGAAAACUGGCAUUAGCAAGUGGAUUGACAGCUACGCAGCCUCAGUCGUGGAUCCGGAGGAGCUGAGGGCUGAGGUGGACGCCUACAUGCAAGACUAUGACAAAAAGAUUGCAGAGGAAGAAGCCAAAGCAGCCAAGGAGGAAGGUAUUCCGGAUGAGGAGGGCUGGGUAAAGGUAACGCGGAAGGGCCGUAAGCCUGGCCUGCCCCGGACAGAAGCUGCCAACCUGCGAGUGCUGGAGAAGGAGAAGCAGAAACGGGCCCGCAAAGAGCUGCUCAACUUCUAUGCCUGGCAGCAUCGUGAGACCAAGAGAGAGCAUAUUGCACAAUUGAGGAAAAAAUUUGAGGAGGACAAGCAGAGAAUUGCGCUGAUGCGAGCCCAGCGCAAGUUUCGGCCGUACUAAGCCAUGCCGUGCUAUUUCUUCAGAUGCCUGUGCAUCAGAGGGUGGGAGAGAUGCCUAUGGACUCCAUUUGCCAAAGGAUUUCAAGGAAUUGAGGCAGCUUCAGGUUGUCCUUGCCCUUGGAUCUGAAAUGGGAGAUGCCAGCAAACACUGCUGGAAGGGGAGUUUCUUCACUCACACUGGUAUCCUCCUGCUCUGAUCUCCUGGUCAUCGUCCAGCCCUGCAGCACCACUUCCCAAGGUGCUCAGGUCAAGGGGCUGAGGCACCUCCUGUGACGAUCUAUAUCUCCCUGCCACCCAAGGCCCUCCUAAAGCUCGUUGAGAGCUGGGAUUGGCCUAGCACAGCCUCUGUGGGGGCAGGGAGUGGCCGAAGAACUGUGAAU